GAACGCUUCGAUUUGAAGUUGUGUCAUCUACGAGGAUCUAAAGACCACCAGCGACCCCUUCACGCACAUUUCACUACUCAGACAAACUUGUCAAGAUGGGCGUCUGGUACCAUGUCGCGGAGCCGAACUCCUACCUCGUCAUCACUGGCGCAGGUAUCGAGAAGGUUACCAUCAAGAAGAAGGCAUUCGUCCUCCCCUUCCAGAAGGUGUCAAAGAUCAGCAUCACGCCCUUCGACUUCUCCAUGAACCUGACGGCUAUGACUGUCGAGAAGCUCAAGUUCUCUCUCCCAGCGGUCUUCACCAUCGGUCCCGAGGAUUCCCUGGCGUCGCUAGAGAAAUACGCUGUUCUACUAACUGGCGAGUCAGACGGCAGGCCAACUGCAUCCGCGUCCCAAGGCGCGGUUGCUGUGGCCGCGGGCAGGAACCAUGUCCAGGAUAUCGUGAAGGGCAUUAUUGAGGGUGAGACGAGGAGCAUCGUCAGCACUAUGACCAUGGAAGAGCUGUUCCGCGAGCGCAAGGUUUUCAAAGACAAGGUCAUCCAGCAAGUCCAAUCUGAGCUCGAUCAGUUCGGUCUCUGCAUCUACAACGCCAACGUGAAGGAGUUGCAGGACACACCUGGCUCAGAAUACUUUGCGUUCCUAUCGCGGAAAGCGCACGAAGGCGCUCUCAACCAGGCCAAGGUCGAUGUCGCCGAUGCCCGCAUGCGCGGUGAAGUAGGCGAGGCGGAGAAGCAGGGCAAGACCAAACAGGAAGUGGCCAAGAUCCACGCAGCUACCGCCGUCCUCGAGACAGAGCGUAAAGCAGAAAAGGCCGCUGCCGACGCGAAGCUGACGAACAAGGAGAUCAGCAUCGGGAAAGACCUCAAUCUCGCGCGCAUCGAAGCCAAGCGCGAUGCCGAGCGCCGCGACGCAGAGCUCAACACCGAAGUCGAGAAGAAGAAAGCUCUCAUGGAACUCGAGCGUCUCCGCGCCACCACUGUCACGCAAGCUACCAUCGCCAAGGAAUCCUCCCAGCAAAAGGCCGACGCAGAGCUCUACAAGGAGCAAAAGCAGGCAGAAGGUAAAAAAUACAGCGAGCAAGCCGACGCCGAAGCCGCCGCCUUCCGCCGCAUCCAAGACGCAGAGUCCAACUUCCAAGCCAAAGAGCGCGAAGCCGAAGCCAACUUCCUCGUCUCCAAGCGUGAAGCCGAGGCCGCGUACUACCGGGUCGAGCGCGAGGCGCAGGCGCACCUCAUCAAGCAGCAGCGCGAAGCCGAGGGGCUUUCCGCGAUGGCCAAGGCGUACGGCGACAUGGCGAGCGUGCUGGGCGGCCCCCAGGGCCUCAUGCAGUACCUCAUGCUGCAGAACAACACGUACGAGCGGCUCGCGAAUGCGAAUGCGCAGGCGAUCCGCGGGCUGCAGCCGAAGAUCAACGUGUGGAAUACCGGGGCGCAAGGCGAGGGCGCGGCCGCGGAUCCCACGGCGCCGAUAAGGAAUCUGUUUCAGAGCUUGCCGCCGCUGCUGAGCACGAUACAUGAUCAGACGGGUAUGCAGCCGCCGAGUUGGUUGGCGCAGAUGCCGCAGGAUCAUGGGGUGAAGGGUCAGAGACUAGGCUUGAGGAAUGGGAGUGAGGGCCCGGAGUAAUUUGGUCUUGUGUUGAUGAUCGACGCGCUUGUGAUCCGUCCCUCGUUUUUCCUUGUCCUGCAUGUAGUGGAUGGAGAUACCCGGUGGGUCAGCUUUGUCUUUCGAUCUUUUGCCGCAUUGUCUGUUUAAAGUUGUCUAAGAUGUGGGUUUGACUUUGCUUGUUGUACAGCAGAUAGAUUCACCUCAAGCACAUCAACUGGAGAUUGUGUAAAAGAAACCUAAUUACGGUCGACAACAAAAAUGUGAGAGGAAUUUUUAAGAU